AUGGAUGAGAAAAGAAACGAAUCUUCGCCUGAGCCUGUAUGGCCUCCAGAUGGGAUGUUGCAGUGUCCCAAGGACGACUGUCCCCGCCUCUUCACGUCGCGAGCGGCCAUGGAAUCCCACCAGAUGUCAUACAAGAACCAUGCACUCUGCAUAGCCUGCAACAUCCAGUUCGCGACUCACGAAGAGCUAUUCCUUCAUCGGCUUGUCAGCAAGCGUCACCAUAAUUGCCCGAUCUGCAACCGCGGUUUCAAGAGCGAGGAUGGCCGGGAUUUUCAUAUCCAAACGGACCAUCCAGAGGACCAAGGCCUCACUUGUCCCGGCUGCCCAAAGACUUUUACGUGCGGCGAAGACUACAUGAGUCACAUUUCCUCCAACGCAUGCAGAAGCUCUGCUGUAAUGGCAUUGAAUGAGCACAAUACCCGCCGUCAGAAGAUGGAAAGGGUACUCAGCGAAGCAUCCCAAGCCAAACCGAGCCUGUCUUUCUGCUCGGACGACGACAGCUAUCGAGACAACGGAAAUGACAGUGACAGCCUAGGCCUACCUCGACCUCGACCUUCUCAGCUGAUGAGACAGGAUUCUGGCGCCUUUGACGAACACCUCCUUCCCGAUGGAAGCUACUCUCCAGAUGUAAGCAGCAAUUUCUCCCCUCGCUUCUCUAGCCCUCUCGCCGCGCCAGCCUCGCGUUCCCUCGAUGAGGAAGAUUCUCCUAUUGCAUGCCCGCGACUCUCAAACCCGCCGCCUUUUGCAAAUCUGGCAAUCAGUCCCGAUGAUCUGAUCGCCUACGACGAGGACAUGGAUGUCGGUAUUUGGCCGUCCUCACCGGCGCUCUUCAAGACACCUGACCGAAAGCAACUUGCGAUGUCUCCAUCGUCGUGCUCCUCCCGGUCUCUUCAAGAGAUUGUCCCCGACUGGAACUCCGAGAAGCACUGGAACAGCCAGUCAAAGCGCUAUUUUUGCGACUGCGGGUUUACUACUCAAUAUGUGAAAGUGUUUGAGCAACACGUGCUCAUGGAGCGAUCUACAUCUAAGCACCAUUGCACGCACUGCGGAAAAGGCUUCCCCACCGUUGCCACUCUAUUCAAGCACAUUGAAAUAGACCAUUCGAAGGAAAAUUCCUGGGAACAGGGAAACAGACGCGUUGGACAGACCCCCGGGUACGGCUCUUCUGCUGGACGCCUGCUCGACAUGGAUGGGCCCAUGGACAUCGGAGAACUCGAAUUUCAAGUCUACGACCGCCCGCCCACUUUCGCCCAGAACGUUCCGCGUUACCGUGCGAAGAUGGACUACGGAUUGCGAUCCACCAAGGUUCCUCAUGGUACCUACUGGUGA